AUGGCCUGUCAUUUCUUUGUGUGGCAAGAUGUACAAAUGGCAGUUGAGAAGAAGAAGCACAAGUAUGAAUUAUUGAUGUUUGGCUUGAAGAUGAAGCUUGCUUGUUUGAGAGAAGAGAAGAGGGCACUUCAAGAACGCAACAAUGAGCUCCAGGAAGAGGUUGUUGAACUGAUGGUUGAAAGGUUACAUCUGAAGCCUGAUAUUUGCUCAGAUGAGCUUUGUAUGCAUAGAAAGGAGGAGUUACGCGAAAUUAAAGCAAGGUUGAGUGGUCUAGAUUCCAAGGUGUCUGGUUAA